UGGACAACCAGGAAGUCCAAGCCACAAUGAUCCUGCCAAGAAUCCACCAGUGUACCUUGAGGAUAGUUUUGUAAAAUCCGGAGUGUUCAACGUGUCAGAACUUGUGAGGGUGUCCAGAACACCCAUAACCCAGGGAACUGGAGUGAACUUCCCAAUUGGAGAGCUUCCAAGCCAGCCAUAUUACCAUGAUAUGAAUUCGGGUGUAAAUCUACAGAGGUCCUUGUCCUCUCCACCAAGCAGCAAGAGACCCAAAACUAUCUCCAUAGAUGAAAAUAUGGAGCCAAGCCCGACAGGAGACUUUUAUCCUUCUCCAAAUUCACCAGCUGCGGGGAGUCGGACAUGGCAUGAAAGAGAUCAAGAUAUGUCUUCUCCUACAAUGAAGAAACCUGAAAAGCCUUUGUUUAGUCCUACUUCUCCACAGGAUUCUUCACCAAGACUGAGCACUUUUCCCCAGCAUCACCACCCAGGAAUCCCAGGAGUUGCACACAGUGUCAUCUCAACUAGAACUCCACCUCCACCUUCACCAUUGCCAUUUCCAGCACAAGCUAUUCUCCCUCCUGCCCCGUCUAGCUACUUCUCUCAUCCAACGAUCAGAUAUCCUCCCCACCUGAAUCCUCAGGAUACUCUGAAGAAUUAUGUACCUUCUUACGACCCGUCCAGCCCACAGACUAGCCAGCCUAACGGCAGUGGUCAAGUAGUAAGGAAAGUGCCUGGCCAUUUUACUCCAGUUUUGGCACCCUCUCCCCAUCACAGUGCGGUGCGACCUGUGACCCUGACCAUGACAGAUACUAAACCCAUCAGUACAUCCACUGAAGCCUACACAGCCUCAGGCACAUCCCAAGCCAAUCGAUAUGUGGGACUAAGCCCAAGAGACCCAUCCUUCCUACACCAGCAACAGCUGAGAAUUUGUGACUGGACCAUGAAUCAAAACGGCAGGCAUUUAUACCCCAGUGCCAGUGAGGAUACAUUGGGAAUUACUUGGCAAAGUCCUGGUACUUGGGCUAGCUUGGUUCCUUUUCAAGUAUCAACUAGGACACCGAUCCUGCCGACAAAUGUCACAAGUUAUGGUUUGAACAUAAUUGGAGAGCCUUUCCUUCAAGCAGAAACGAGCAACUGAGGAAAGAAAAAAUAAAAGCAAAAUUA